AUUAUAUUGUCUUAUUGUACAUUUGUUUGAUUCUCGUAGGGGGUUUCAUUGCUAAAAUUUCAAACUUUCCUCAUCUUCUUUGUUAACUAAACAUGGGUUCUGAUCCUAAAGGGAAAGCUUUUGUUAUAAUGGGUGUCAGUGGCGCUGGGAAAUCCACGAUAGGCGAGAUGCUAGCAAAAGCUUUGAAUUGUGAUUUUGUUGAUGCUGAUGAUUACCAUUCACAAUCAAACAAGGAAAAGAUGCAACAAGGAAUUCCUCUUUCAGAGGAAGACCGGAUUCCAUGGCUGGAAACCCUACGGGAUGCUCUAAGAGAGAAAAUAAUCAGCAAAAAAACUGUGAUACUUGGAUGUUCUGCUCUGCAGAAGCGAUACAGAGAAAUUCUUCGAGCAGCUGACUCUAAAUAUGAACCUGGAAGCUACAAUAGUCUAGUGAAGUUCAUCUUGUUGGAUGUUCAAGUUGAGGUGCUUGUUACUCGACUAGAGAAACGAGCUGCGGAAGGGAAACAUUUCAUGCCAGCUGCACUUUUGCAGUCGCAGUUAGAUUUGCUUCAAAUAGACGAUUCCGAAGGGGUUCUUAAGGUUGAUGCUACUCAAAGUCCUCAGACGAUUGUAAACCAUAUACAAACUUCAUUGAUUUGAUCAAACUCUGAAACAGAAAUGAGCAUUCACAGUCAAAAAACUUGGCAUGUGGUUGAGAUAAAAGAUUGUUUCAUCCCCAACCUCAACAUUAUUCUAAUAUAUUUCUUUUUUCA